AUGACUCUGAUUGACACCCAUCAUCACUUUGUCCCUGACUUUUAUGCCCAAGCUGUUGAGAAAGCGGGUGGCGAUCCAUCUGGCUGGCCAACGCCAGCUUGGUCACCUGAAGCCUCCAACUCUUUGAUGGAAAAAGUGGGAGUAACGAAAGCAAUCUUGUCCUUGACAGCUCCAGGAGCUGUUAUUGCCCCAACAGACGCAGACAGACGGGCUCUAGCCCGGAAGGCUAAUGAAUACGCCGCUCGUUUGCGAGAUGAAGACCCUGCCAGAUAUGGAUUCUUCGCCGCUCUGCCAUCUCUACUUGAUGUGGAGGGUACCCUGGCUGAGAUCAGAUACAGUCUCGAUUUUUUGAAAUCCAAUGGCGUGACAUUGUUCACUCGGUACGGAAAUGGCAACCAGUAUCUGGGUGACCCAGCCUUCAAGCCCAUCUGGGCCGAGCUGAAUGCCAGGAAGGCAGUGGUUUUUAUCCAUCCCACCCAUCCAGUGGAUACCACAAAAGUGAACCCGUUGUUGCCCCAGCCAGCCAUUGACUACCCCCAUGAGACAACGCGUACAGCAGUGGAUCUCAUCAUCACCAACACCAAAAGAAGCUACCCCGAUUGCAAGGUCAUUCUUUCCCAUGCGGGUGGUACCCUCCCGUUCUUGAUUUCGCGGCUGUGUACCUACCCGGAAAAUUCCACAGCUACCAUUGCUGGGAAAAGCCCCGAAGAAGCCAUGGAGGAUUUCCGGUCAUUUUACUUCGAUUUGGCGCUCUCUAGUUCCUCUGCAGUGCUGGGACUAGUGUUGGAAACAAUACCUCAUGAUCACUUGCUAUACGGAUCUGACUUUCCGUACGCUUUUGUUGACAAGACCCUUGGGUUUAAACAACAAUUGGAAAAAUAUUCCAUGGACCCAGAGUUGAGAGACAAAAUAUAUUUCAAGAACGCCCAGGCGCUAUUGGGAGAUUCGGGCAAGGACCUUUGA